ACCACAAUUUCCUUGCAGUUGUCACAUGACCGGAAUGCUGCCUCGGGCCUUGAAUGAAAACACGUGACCCAAGAUGAAGCUCCUCAGUGCCGCGGGUGAAUCUUUGUGAAAGUUGCCAGAGCGCGCGCCUCUCUUCCUUUCGUGUCCGGAGAGUGAUUCACACGCUCUCUCUUUCUGCUCGCGGUAUAGUGCAAAAUGCCUGCUUUCAAUAUCUCUAAAGAAGCAGCCAUUGGGGCGGCAGCUCUCGGGGUCGUUUUUGCUACUGGAUUCUUAGUAGGCAGAAGAUACCAUUCAGCAUUUCUUAUUGGAACUCCUAAAAGUUUAUCUCACAUCGUAGGAAAAAACAGCCCAUUACUACAGUAUGUCCUGGAUCACUCCUUACGGGAGCACCCUUCUCUAAAGAAGCUGAGACUGCUCACAUUAAGCCAUCCUCAGAAUGUGAUGAUGGUGUGUUGUGAACAGGCUCAGUUAAUGGCAAAUCUGACAAAGCUUCUCAAAGCAAAGAAAGUACUUGAAAUAGGUGUUUAUACCGGGUACAAUUCCUUAAGCAUGGCUCUAGCCUUACCAGCGGAUGGCAAAGUCAUUGCCUGUGAUAUAAAUGAAGACUUUAUCAAUAUUGGAAAGCCAGUGUGGAAAGAGGCGGGAGUGGAACAUAAAAUUGACCUGAGGAUAAAACCAGCCAUCCAAACACUGGAUGAACUGCUGGCAAAUGGUGAAGCUGGAACCUUUGACUUUGCUUUCAUAGACGCUGACAAAGAAAGUUACAAUGAUUACUAUGAAAAAUGUUUACAGCUCAUAAGAAAAGGAGGAGUCAUAGCUAUUGACAAUGUUUUGUGGUCGGGGAGAGUACUGAAUCCAAGCAAAAAUGACUGGGGGACACAAAACAUUCACCAGCUGAAUAAAAAGAUCUUCCGUGACUCACGAGUGAAUAUAAGCAUGAUCCCAAUUGGGGAUGGAGUGACAUUUGCAUUUAAGCUAUAGUAUGAAGAGAUGGCUUUGGCACUGGAGAACCCCUGUCAGUGGGGCAUAAUAAACAUGAAAUAUAAGAUGACCUACAUUCUGACCUUGUCUCAAUAAAACAGCCUAGAAUGGAAAUCAAUCUAUAACCAGAGAUCUGGCAUUCACUGGAGUGACUAUUCUAUUUCCGUCUUACUGUUAGAGCUAAAGACCAGAAGUGAAGGCGCAGGAACUUUCACUUUAAAUUUUUUUUUAAAAAAUAGUUCAUAUUGGUCCAUUCUCAGCAAGGCAUAUCAAGAAUAAAAUUGAAUGGUUAUCUCACUUUUUUUUUGGUUCAAGGUGGGGGAAAGAAAGAUCAGAAACUACAGACUAGUCAGUCAGACAGAGGAGAUGCUAUCACAGAUUGACUGACUAUAAUCUGUAAGCAUAUUGCUAACAGUGUUUACCAAAAAACAACAAAGAUUUGUCAAGAAAUUUUUUUUGCCAGGCUAAUCUUGCCUCUUUUUGAUCAGGUUACUAGCUCAGUGAAUUGUAGGAGAGCUGUGAACAUAACUUACCUUGAUUUUCAGCAAUGCAUUAGACAAAGUUUCAAUGAAAUUUUGAUUAGUAAACUUCAACCAGAUAGAAAAAUUGAUGGCUCCUUAUCAAAGUGGAGGGAGGGUUUGGGUGGAGUGCAACAGGGCUCUAUCCUGGACCUAGUACUCCUCAGCACUUUUGUUAUGAACAGUCUGUAACAUAAAAUAUCAGAACCAGAGGUAUCAACUCAGAAGCAUGUGAAAUAUAGGCCUGUGUCUGAUUUAUUUUAUAUUAAGAGUUCAAUUCAGUGUCUGAACUGGAGGUGAAUCUCAUGACUGCCUGGUCAAUGAUUUGUAGAGGCAGGGGAAUCUAGCAUUGGUUAUCUGUGGAAACUCACUGAGACAAUGGGUCAGGCUUAAUUACCAGUCUCACACUGCUGAAAUUAACCUGUGUCCAGUAACAGGAUGCUUCUGCCUUAAGUCAAAUGUGUUGAUUAACUUGCCUCACUCAUGCUUACCCUUUUGAUGAUACUUUGAAUAUUCUUUUGUUGCAAAUACACACUAGAUAGAGGUAUACAAGAAAUAAUGUCUCACACAAAUAGAACUAACUCCCUCUCACUAAUUGCUAACUUUUAACACCUUCUGGGACCAGGCUAGCACAUCUGGGAUGCAGAUUUGCUUCUGGACUUUGUCCCCUCCUCAAGAUAACAGCUGAUGAGAGUGAGAUCUCUCUGGACUGAUCAAAUAUCCUGAGCUAAUUUUGGUAAUUAAAAGACAAUAUUCCAAGGAUAGCAGGAAUAAAUGCCUUUUGUGAUCCAGAAGACUAAAAAGGGACAUCAAAGGAUGGAACCACUAUAAGAAGGAGUCUCUGGACAUGGCAGUUUAGCAGUUCUGUGCCUACGGGCAUUCUGCUCACACGCUAGCUGUCUUGUGCCUACAGCAAGAUUUGCUCAGGAACUCUGCUCAUGAACAGGAACUGUUUGUGACUUCUACUGCGCAGUGAGAAGUCAAGACUUUUCCCCAGCCAUGGCACCUUCACUCUCUGCCUCGCUCUGAGCAAACUGUCUGCUUGACCACCAGAAGCCAGACCAUCGCUCUGUUGCUGCUCCCAGCUACAGUCUCUCCUCUUCAGCUGAAAGAUCCACCAUUCUCAAGCCUGGUAAAUAUGCGGCUCAUACAAACCUGGAAUUCCCUCAUCCCUUCCCCUUCUCCUACACCCUUCACCUUUCCCCCCUACUAAUUUCUGACACACACACCCAAAACCAUACCAGCCCUGAGCCUUCCUCCCUCCCUCCCCUUUUUUCCGCCUGUAUCUAAACUGUACUAGGCUCUAGGAAGAUUUAAUUGCACGCACAUAUGUCAGUUAGGCACACUGGGUGGAAUAUAUUGGUACUGGUUAGGAUGUUAUGUUUAAAUACUGUUGCUAAUAUUAAUAGAGUGUUCUGCUUUCUUCUUUGCUAGAUUAUGUUGUUAGUCUUUAUACUCAAUAAAGCCCAUUUAAUCUUUGA